AUGGCGAAUAACGAUUACUAUUUUUGUUUUGAUGUGAAUGAUUCUAAGAUAGCCUAUGAAGUUAAAAAAGAAUGCGAAAAGUUGGGGUUAAAAAUACGUAUACCCAAUGAUUCCAGAAGAGGGGCCAGCUUAAUUGCUACAAUGACUACAAAUUUUCAUGCCUGCAAUCGUAUAGUCUUUUUCUUAACUGAAAAUCUACUAAUGAACAUUACCUGGGUACAUUUGCUUGCAGAUCCACACGUUCGUGAUUUGCUACUUUUUAAUUCAGAUGCAAAUACUUUAAUACCGAUAUGGUAUGCUACCCCUCUGUUAAUUCGAAAAUAUGCUCCAUUCUUUUACGGUCGAAUUCCGAUUUAUGGUAGCGAUGGCUCAACAGACGCUGCAAGUUGUUUGGCUGAUAUUGCAAGUUCGUGA